AUAACAUUACAAGUUACAACAACUCAAGUGAGAGUCAGAGUCAUAAGAAGAUGGGUUGGGCAAUAGCUCUACAUGGCGGCGCCGGCGACAUCCCACUUUCACUACCACCGGAACGCCGCCAACCCCGCGAGGAUGCCCUCCGUCACUGCCUUCAAAUCGGCGUCGAAGCUCUUAAAGCCAAAAUGCCUCCUUUGGACGUCGUUGAGCUUGUUGUUCGUGAGUUAGAGAACAUUCCGCAGUUCAAUGCGGGCAGGGGAUCGGUUCUGACCUCCAAAGGCAGUGUUGAAAUGGAAGCUUCUAUAAUGGAUGGUAACACAAUGAAAUGUGGAGCUGUUUCUGGUCUUACUACUGUUGUCAAUCCCAUUUCUUUGGCUCGUCUCGUAAUGGAAAACACCCCACACAUAUAUCUUGCUUUUCAUGGAGCAGAGGACUUUGCUAGAGAACAAGGAGUUGAGACUGUAGAUUCAAGCCAUUUUAUUACUGCGGAAAAUAUUGAAAGACUAAAGCAGGCAAAAGAAGCCAAUAGGGUCCAGAUUGAUUAUACCCAACCCAUCCAAAAUGAUACUAAGAAGGAAACACCACUUGCUAAUGGGGAUAGUCAAAUUGGAACUGUUGGGUGUGUGGCUGUUGAUAGUCUUGGGAAUCUAGCUUCUGCAACAUCUACUGGUGGAUUAGUGAACAAAAUGGUUGGUCGAAUUGGUGACACACCUGUCAUAGGUGCUGGGACAUAUGCCAAUGAACUUUGUGCGGUUUCUGCAACAGGCAAAGGUGAAGCAAUAAUACGUGGGACAGUAGCAAGAGAUGUGGCUGCCCUGAUGGAGUUCAAAGGUCUUUCUCUCAAGGAAGCUGCUACUUGUGUUGUUCAAGAGCGCACACCAAAAGGCACUGUUGGUUUGGUUGCUGUGUCUGCUGCAGGAGAAGUUGCAAUGCCUUUUAAUACAACAGGCAUGUUCCGAGCAUGUGCCACUGAAGAUGGGUAUUCAGAGAUUGCAAUUUGGCCUGCUGCCUAAAUUUAGAGUUUUAUUAGAGGCUUUUCUGAUUUCCAAGCUUAAUGCAUUCUGACAUUUGUUGGUAUUUCAUGCAUGGUUAUAUCAUAAGGAAAUCUAUCUGCUUUUCAAGUUACAAAUUGUCGUUUGGUUCCAGAUUAUAAUCUU